AAAAUCUGAUAUUCUAAAAGAGUUUGUAUCCUACUUUUGCAAUAACGAUAAAAUAAAUUCCAAACAGUUUUAGACCAAAAACCCUUUUGGUCAUCGUCACCAGAGAUUUUAGAUCUAAAACCCUAUCAGAGACCAUUUUCGCGUGAACAAAGAUGGCGGGGCCUUUGCUUCGAUCUCUUUGGUCAAACACCACUCGAAGAUCAUUCUCUUCUCAAUCAUCACCUUCCAAAUUCGGAUACUCGCUCUCGUCCUUACGCUCUUUCUCAGCAGCCACCGCUUCCUCUGCUGCAGCCGGAGCUCCUAGUAGCUCUCUUGAUCCUAAUCGACUCAGAAACGUGGCUGUUAUAGCUCAUGUUGAUCAUGGGAAGACAACGCUUAUGGACCGGCUUCUUCGUCAGUGUGGUGCUGAUAUCCCUCACGAGCGUGCUAUGGAUUCUAUUAAUCUUGAGCGUGAACGAGGGAUCACUAUUUCUUCAAAGGUGACAUCCAUAUUUUGGAAGGAAAACGAACUUAACAUGGUAGACACACCUGGUCACGCAGAUUUUGGUGGUGAGGUUGAACGAGUUGUUGGUAUGGUUGAAGGAGCUAUAUUAGUUGUUGAUGCUGGCGAAGGCCCUCUUGCACAGACUAAGUUUGUUCUCGCCAAGGCCUUGAAGUACGGGCUACGACCUAUUCUUCUCUUAAACAAGGUAGAUCGACCUUCAGUCACAGAAGAGAGGUGUGAUGAAGUGGAGAGUUUGGUGUUUGAUCUUUUUGCAAAUCUUGGUGCUACAGAGGAACAACUAGAUUUUCCGGUGCUUUAUGCCUCUGCAAAAGAAGGGUGGGCAUCUUCUACCUAUACCAAAGACCCUCCUGCAGAUGCAAAGAAUAUGGCAGAUUUACUUGAUGCCGUAGUAAGACAUGUUCAGCCACCAAAAGCAAACCUUGAUGAGCCAUUUCUGAUGCUGGUUUCAAUGAUGGAGAAGGACUUCUAUCUCGGACGAAUAUUAACUGGAAGAGUAACUUCUGGAGUUGUCCGUGUUGGUGACAGAGUCAAUGGACUACGCAAAACUGAUUCCGGCUCUGAGAAAAUAGAAGAAGCAAAGGUUGUGAAGCUAAUGAAAAAGAAAGGUACAACCAUAGUUUCAAUUGACGCUGCAGGGGCUGGUGAUAUUAUCUGUAUGGCUGGUUUGACAGCUCCGUCAAUAGGUCACACGGUGGCUAGUGCAGAGGUCACAACUGCACUCCCUACUGUUGAGCUGGACCCACCAACAAUUUCUAUGACGUUUGGUGUCAAUGACUCUCCUCUGGCUGGUCGGGAUGGCACCCACUUAACUGGAGGGAGAAUUGGGGACCGCUUAAUGGCAGAAGCUGAAACAAAUCUUGCCAUAAACGUUAUUCCAGGCCUGUCAGAGUCCUAUGAAGUCCAAGGGAGAGGAGAACUUCAACUUGGUAUCUUGAUUGAGAAUAUGAGGAGGGAAGGUUUUGAGCUCUCAGUCUCACCACCUAAAGUCAUGUAUAAAACUGACAAGGGACAAAGGCUUGAACCAAUUGAAGAGGUGACUAUUGAGAUUAAUGAAGAACACGUAGGAUUAGUGAUGGAAGCUCUCUCCCACAGGCGGGCGGAAGUUAUUGACAUGGGCCCUGUCCCUGGAAAUGAUGGUAGGACGAGACUGUCACUAACUUGUCCUUCAAGAGGUUUGGUUGGGUACAGAUGUGUGUUUAGCAGCGACACCCGUGGAACUGGAUUCAUGCAUCGUGCUUUCCUAAAUUAUGAAAAGUACCGAGGUCCGCUUGGAAAUGUUAGGAAAGGAGUAUUGGUUUCCAUGGGAUUUGGUACUAUUACAGCUCAUUCUCUGAUGAGUUUGGAAGCUCGUGGAAUUCUCUUUGUGUCUCCGGGGCUGGAUUCAUAUGAUGGUAUGAUUAUCGGUGAGCAUUCACGAGAUACAGAUCUUGAUGUUAACCCAGUUAGGGCCAAAGAACUUACAAACAUUCGCUCUGCUGGGAAAGACGAAAAUGUGAAGCUAUCUCCACCUCGCCUUAUGACACUAGAGGAAGCUAUAGGAUACGUUGCCUCAGAUGAACUUAUUGAGGUUACACCAAAGACGAUUCGGUUGAGGAAAAGAUGUCUAGACGUUAACAAGCGUAAAUCCCUGAGCAAACGAGCCAAAGAGUAAAGUUAUCUUCCACACUUGGCUCUCCGAUUUAAUUUUUACUGAAGCUGGUUUAGUUCUUGUCACAAUUCUAGAAAAAGAAAAUUAUUGAAUAUGUACGAACGAGAAACAGAUUAUAUAGAUCCAUAACUUAUAGUCUUAUACGCAAGAAGAUUCAUUCUUGUAUUGAUAACAAUAAGAAGAUAGAUCGAUCCCGAUAUUGUAUUAUCA